AUGUUCCCUCGAAUUCUCGGCCACGAAGCUUCCGGAGUGGUGGAGAGCGUGGGCCCCGGCGUGACGGACAUCGAGAUAGGAGACCAUGUCGUGCCCAUAUUCAACGGCGAAUGCGGAGACUGCGCGCAGUGCAAGUCGCCCAAGACCAACAUGUGCCGCAAAUUCAGGGUCGACCCGUUCAAGGGCACGAUGGUCAACGACGGCAAGUCCAGGUUUCGAACCAAAGACGGGUCGAAGCCCAUCUACCACUUUUUAAACACCUCGACUUUUAGCGAGUACACUGUGCUCGACUCGGCCUGCGUCGUCAAGAUCCACCGGGACGCGCCCCUUGGCAAAAUGUCACUGCUUAGCUGUGGACUUUCAACUGGCCUAGGAGCAGCGUGGAAUACAGCUGAUAUUCAGGCGGGGGCAACCGUGGCUGUCUUCGGCCUCGGAGCUGUGGGAUUGGCUGUGGUGGAAGGGGCAAGGACAAGGGGAGCAUCCACAAUUAUUGGAAUAGAUGUCAAUGGAGAAAAACGUCUUAAAGGUGAAGCAAUUGGUAUUACAAAAUUCAUAAAUCCCAAGGACCAGGUCAAGCCAGUACACGAGAUCAUAAGUGAAAUGACCGAAGGAGGCGUGGAUUAUAGCUUCGAGUGUGUAGGAAAUUUGGACGUCCUUCGAGAGGCCUUUUUGUCCACACACGAUGGUUGGGGUUUAACAGUGAUCUUAGGGAUACAUCAAACACCAAAUCUGCUUCCUCUCCACCCAAUGGAGCUGUUUAGUGGCAGAAAAAUUGUGGGCUCUGUUUUUGGUGACUUCAAAGGGAAAUCCCAACUUCCUCAUUUGGUCACAAAAUGCAUCCAAGGGGUGGUGAAGUUGGAUGAAUUUAUAACUCAUGAGAUGCCAUUUGAGAACAUCAAUGAAGCCAUGCAGUUGCUCAGAGAUGGCAAAUCUUUGAGAUGCCUUCUUCAUCUUUGA